AUGAUGUCCCUUCGCUCGAUCGCGAGGACCGCUCCCCGCGCGCUGGCCCGCAUUUCGGCCACCUCCAUGUCCCGCUUCCCUCGCAUGAGCGCCAGCAUUCUCCGCACCCAGGCCAGCCCGGUCCUCCGCACCCCUCAGAUCGCUUCUGCCUUCUCGACGUCUGCCCUCCGCGCGCGGAAGGGCGGUGAGGUGGACGAGGAGCUGUCGGCCAAGCUGGCUAGCGAGAUCCAGUUCGAGGACCAGGUCAAAGAUGACCAGCCUGAGCCUGCCAGCGUCUCUGAGUUUCUCCAGAACGGCCCGUGGGAGCUCGUUGAUGAGCCCGGCCAGGAGUGGGUUCACCUGAAGCGCACUUAUGGCAACGAGAAGAUCACCGUCUCUUUCUCUAUCGCUGACCUGCACAACUACGAGCCCGAGCUGUUCGACGACUCGGCUAUGGAGGAUGAUCUUGACCUUGACCAGGGUCGCAGCUCCCAGGACAACGCCAAUGAGGCCAACGAGAGCCUGGAGGCCGACCUCGACCAGGCUUCGAUCCCCUGCCGCCUGAACAUCGUCAUUGAGAAGGCUGGCAAGGGCGCCCUUAACAUCGAGGCUCUCGCUCAGGAUGGCGCCAUCGUCGUCGAGAACCUGUACUACUACAAGGACGCCAAGCUGGCCCACAGCGCCAGCCCCGAGGCCGUCCACGCCGCUCAGGACGCCUACCCCGGUCCUCCGUUCGGCAACCUCGACGAGGACCUGCAGAUCCUCAUGGAGCGCUACCUGGAGGAGCGUGGCAUCUCCCAGGAUCUGGCCAUGUUUGUCCCCGACUACAUGGACAUCAAGGAGCAACGCGAAUAUGUUGACUGGCUCAACAAUGUCAAGAAGUUUGUUGAUGCCUAA